CACCCUUCCCCCCAAAUUUCCCACCAAAAAUUUCCCUUCCCCACCCAUACCUAAACUUCCUCCCUGUGCAACGCCUCCUCCACCAUUCUCAGGCCACCCUUCACACCACGAGGCCGGAGAGCUGACGUGCGACUCCGCCGCUCGUUCGCCCAAAUUUCAAGCUCCAGCGCUCUCAUUCUCGAGCCACAACCAUCGUACACCUCCAGAACUUGAAGUGGAUUUUAUGAAACAACUCGAUGGGGACAGGGGAAGAGAGCAUACCCCUCCUAAGCCUUCCAAACCUGCUUCUUCAGUUCAGGAAAUACCAACAACACCUUAUCCUGAUUGGUCAAGCUCUAUGCAGGCUUAUUAUGGUCCUAGAGCUAUGCCACCUCCAUUUUUCCCCUCAACAAUUGCUUCUCCAACUCCCCACCCCUAUAUAUGGGGAAGCCAGCAUCCGUUGAUCCCACCGUAUGGGACGCCAAUUCCAUACCCUGGUUUGUAUCGUCCAUGGGGAGUUUAUGCUCAUCCUAAUAUGACCACAGUUCAGAAAAUGAUGGCGCUUCACAAAGUGCUAAAAGUGGUGCUGAGGGUACAUCAAGCGAUAAGAAUAAUGAGGAUUUUGCUGGAAGUAAGAAGGGAAGUUUUCACCAAAGGCUUGCAGAUGGAGUCAAUGCACAAAGUAACAUUGUUGGGGCCAUUACUGAAACUUCAGUACUUGAGAAGCCUGUCUUUAUACCUGAAACUAAUUUGAAUAUUGGAAUGAACUUGUGGAAUGCAUCCACUAGUAGUGUUGGAGCUACAAAAGUGAGACAAAAUCCAUUUGGUGCCUCAUCAACUAGAUCUAAAGGCGUAAUGCCUGAUCAGUGUAUGCGGGUAUGAGCCUUAAAGGUUUCCCCUCAAGUUCUCGUUUCCCAUUCAAUUCUCAAUGUAAAUUAUGUGUUACUACAAAUGCAAAGUAUCUAUAUGAUGCUUCAAAAGUUAAAAUAUAUUAUGUGUAAAUAGUGGCCAAGGUGCAAGUUAUGAACCCAAUGAUUCUUUGCUUACAUAGAUUCCAAAUGAUGAUGCUUCGAUCCUCAAAGUUGUCCCUCAAAUU